AUGAGAGGCAGCAGCAGCGCAGCAUCCCGCAUCACACAGAAGGAUGCUGGCAACCAUGUCUGAAAAAACACACACAAAUGGCUGACGAGGUGGAAACAGCGAUGUAGCUUUGAAGAUGCCAUCCUUUUUGGUCUCUCGUUUUCUCUUCUUUCUCUUUUUGUCCAGUUUUAAAGGGACAGCUGGCAAAUCUAUCCCUGAAAGGGAAGCUCUCGAGGUGCAGGUGAGGGUCCAGGUGUUUGACAGCGGUGAUCUUUCACCCCUGGCCAACGCUGCUAUUACUGUUCAUGGGAACCAGAGUGUGCUGGCACAAAGCAAAGCAGGCAGUGAUGGCGUGCAGGUAGUCAGCUUCCUGUACCGCACAGGAACAUGGGUAAUCAUUACAGCAUCUCAGAGAGAUUACCUCACCAGCUCAGUCCCAUGGCACGCCAGCCGUUUACCCUUAUAUGCCUCUGUCAGUCUUUACCUGAUGGCCCAGAAGCCCGGCACACUGAUCCUAUAUGAUGAUGUCAUCCAGGUCUUUCAUGGCUCCCCAAGUGGGCGGAGCCAGCCAUGGCUGCAAGUUCCAAGGCGGAGCCUACAGUUUAACUCCUCCUACACAGAACUGACCGCAGUAUUAACAACAGCCAGAGAGCAGAAUGAAAUCAACUCAUUCCCUUACCCACUCGCUCUGGAACCAAACAACACAGGAGGAGAGAAUGGCUGGACGGACCUGACAACGAUAGCAGCGGUCAGCGCACAACUGUUUGACCGUGAGGGUCGAGCGGUUGAGGUCACCGAGCCCGUUCACAUCUCCGUGCCUCUGCCUUCUGAUACUCGCAUACGAUCUGCCACCAGCAUACCCGUAUGGAUGUACGACACCAAGACAGGACUAUGGGUACGAAACGGAACAGGAUUUAUCACUCGAGAGGGAUCACAGUUAACGUGGGACUUCACUGCCUCCCAGCUUGGCUACUGGAUCGCAGCCUUCCGUUCUUCAGCAGGCUCAGGGUUGUCUCACCCAGGCCUGAGGGACAUCACAGCCUACCACACCUUCUUCCUGCUGUCCAUCCUGGGAUCUCUGGCUUUGCUGGUACUAGUCUUACUCUGUGUCCUGCUCUACUACUGCAGACGAAGGUGUCUGAAGCCCCGACGGCAGCAGAAACAGGUUCAAGCUCCAUCUGCUUUGAACGGAUCCAAGAGGGACCAAGGCACCUCUAUGUCCCACUUGAAUCUCAUCUGUGGUGGCCAUGCCGAACCCGCUGCUUCCAAUGGCAACUUGGACGCCAACAAAUCUGAGGGAUCCCCAUCCCAUGCCUUCAAGAGUGCUCGGGAGGAGUUUACCAGACACAUUCCUGCCCAUAAGCUUCGGCAUUCCUCAAAGACCAAGCAGUCCAAAGGUGCCCAAAGAAAUGCAGAGAGCUUCCCCAUGAAGGUGCAUCGAUCCACAGAUACAAGCAAUCUGGACAGCAAUCUUCUACAUGAGGACUACGGACGCAACUACAGCCCUGACGAGAAGGAUCGCGACUAUCGCCGGAGGCACGUCGUCAAUGAUAACCGCGGCUACACGUCUGAUCCGCCUUCUCCACCAAUUGUUGACAAGCCACCGGAGUACUCGCAGGUUUUGCAAGGGCCUGAUCACCUCGCUCGUCCAACGUCACUCAACACGCAACCAGGUCAGAUUAUAUUCUGCAGCUCAUUGGAUCAGAUGAAGGAGAAUAUGUACCGUAGUAUGGUACCAACUCUUGUGAUCCCAGCCCACUACAUGAGGUUCUCGUCAGAGUUUGGUGCCACAGAUCAGGGAAAGGACGGAGCGAACCAGGCAGACAGAGACGGACAGAGUUCACAGGGUACCAGCAGCGGGAUUCAAGGCCAAAACCACCAAGGCCAGACCCCUGGUUCAGGCCAUUCAGAAGCCCAACAAGGUGCAUCUCCAGCAGGCUCAGAUGAGAGUGUUUGGCCCCCCGGUGGAACACCGGCACCGGUUCACAUCCCUGUCUUGUUCAAUGACUCCACCAUUUCGCAGAUGAAUGGGGAGCUUCAAGCACUCACAGAGAAGAAGCUUCUGGAACUGGGGGUGAAGCAGCACCCUCGUGCCUGGUUUAUAUCACUUGACGGACGUGCCAACGCUCACGUACGCCACUCUUACAUAGAUGUAGGUGCUGAUCAUGGCCACAGUGGAAUGCACAGCGGCAACCACAGUGCCCAAAGCACGUUGAGCGCCCCUGCCGGGAGCAGUAAGGACCGAAGCGUAGAUACAAGUCUCCAUGAAACCCAACAUGACCGCAAAUCCGCAUCCGGUCGCAAGACCAAAGAGGAACACCACGGAAGCGGACGCAAGGGCCAUGGGGGAAACAACUCCAGUGGUACAAGUGGCGGGAAACACUACUCCAAACCUACCUACCAUGAUCCUCUCGAACUGAGUGGAGGAGUGAGCCGCAUGGGAGCCAGUUCGCCACUGGAAAACCCAUUGACCCCUCUUUUGGAUGACGGUCCCGAGGAGCCAAGGGGGUCUUCAAUGCAGAGAAGGGGUCGUAGCAGGGGUAACAGCUCACGUAGUAGCAACAGCGAAACGCAACGUGACUCCGUCACCAGCCCGGAAGAUGACAACGACCUCGAUGACAAGGAUGAGAACAAGAAAAGUCCCUGGCAGCGUAUUGAAGAGCGCCCCCUUAUGGUGUUUCAUGCCAAGAAGUAGAGUGAGAAAAUCAAUCCCAGCAGCUGCCUUGACCAAUUAGAUGAACUAGAGAUGUGUUCAAAUUGAUAACGACUCUGAAAGUUUUACAGAAGUCACCCAAAAAUGUUCACAGACUAUUUGUGUCUUGAUAAUUUGAUAGACGUUUCCAAAAAAAGAAGAAGGGCGAGUGCAUUCAAAUAAAGCACAACACACAAAGAGGAAGACUUUGUCUUACAGUCUACAGUCUGUUAUUUCCAAACCAAUCAGACUCUUUUCAUCCAAAAGUACUCAAGUACCUUUUCACUCGCAAUGAUUUGGUGAUAAAUAACUUUCUGAAUGGAUGGAUUUUAGCUUGAGUCCUCAAUAUGUUGGAUCAAGAACUUGAUGUCUCCCGAACUUCAUGUUUAACUUUAGAGACCUGUUUCCCUAUGUUCUAAUGCAGUAUAUUUCUUGGUAUCCCUUCCCAACUCGCUCGUUCUUCUACCUUCAAUACUCAUAAUUUUGAUGUCAAUUCCUCAUUCAAUCUUCCAUACAAUUUUUUUACAUGUUAUGUGCAUCUCUAACCUGAAAUUUACAGUUAAGAUUUCAAACAUUCCAGAUUUUUUUACCGUUAAGAAGGCUUUAUGUUCACAUUUAUGUGUGACGUGAUGUUAUAGCAAUUUCUAAGUCAUUACACAAUGCAUUUUGAUUUAUUGUAAUAUAAAAUCCUUAUUAUCCACAUUUUUCACUCCAAUACACCUAGUUUUUGAGGAUGUGAUAUGACUAAACCUAGCACUUGUUGUGUUAAAGUACAGAUUUGUAUAGGAAAAGCUGAUUCCAAAUUCCAAGUUCUCACUUACAAUAAAAAAGCAUUGACUGUGAAACAGUAGAUAUGAAUGUAUAUUCCCCACAAUUAGCAUUUUCAGUCGGCCUUUCAUUCAUUUAAAAGAGAGCCAUUAGCAUUUUGUGUAUAUGUAUGAUAGCCUAUAUGUGCAUGAGAUAACUAGUGUAGGACAACAGAUUUUUUAUGCCUACAAAUUAAAAUAGACACUAUUCAAGCAUGAAGGUGGAUACUAGAUGCAUCUGAUAUUGAUGCCUAAUGGGAAGAAAUUUGCCAAAAUUUCAAAUGCCAGUUUGAAUUAUUAUAUACCAGUUUACAGGCCAAAACCUUUCCAGCGCUGUUAGUAUUCACACUGUCUGUAACUGUGAAAAAAGUCUGAUCAUUUUAAUAAGCCAUUCAGAUAUUAAAAGCUAGUAAUUUAUGACACUUCUCAAUUUGUUACUUUUAUAUUUUUUAAAAGAUUUUUUUAUUAUUUGACUCGUGUUAACCAUCAUCAAGCCAAGCACAAGACUUGUCAUUUUAAAGCAACAUUUUAUGAAUAAUUAAGGCAGAUUUACAGGGUACCGUAUGGAGCAUGAUGGCCGAGACACUCGAGAGCUAUUUGAUGACUAUCAAACAUGAUACAAAGAGACUUUUACUAAAAUAGCUCUGCUCAUGCUGAUCUGGUGCCAAUCACAUGUAGACCGGUGAUUAAUGCUGUCUCUUGCGAUGACUGUCAACUUACAACAAAUGACAGGACUGUUGCAACAUGUGUCACUUAUUUUGCAGCACUUCCUUAUAAUGACUAUUACACGAAUUUGAAUGGAACUGAGUUUAAGUACUGGAUUAUCCAUCACAAAGUUGGUAAUUAAGAGUGAGACUUAAAAUCUAUAGUGUAAGCUGUGGUUGUGGAAUUCUACAGAGGAUUUUAGUAAGAUUUAUAUUAUAUACUAGAUGCUGAAACCCCUAAUCCUUACACAGUCUCAAAAUGUAUACAAUUCACCCACGGUUUCACUGAUUUUAGAUUUGCACACUCUUUUUAGCACGAGUUUCACUCAAACCUAUAAGAACUGAAAUCAAAAGCCAUUCUCUUCCUCCGUCUGUUCAGAUUUUGUUGGUGAUUUACGCAGGAGAUCUCGAUAUGCCUUUGUCAAUGUACAUUUAUCACGUGAUGUGGUGCUCUAAAAUACAUUUCCCUCUGUACUGUAUAAAUAUUUCUCUCUUUGACUGAAUAUGACGAAUAUGAUGAUAUAUGAUGUUGUUUCCAUUGUGCACAACAAGCUUUGCGUAAUUGUUCUAAAAUCAUGUCAGAUGGAACUUUUGCAAUUUUAUAAUUUGUUCAUAAUAUCCUAGAAAAAUCACAUGUGAAAUGGACUGUUUCACUUCUGACGUGUCCGAAAGUCAUGUGUUAAAAAAUAAAGAAAUUCCAUUUCUUGUGG